CCCUCAACUGUAUUGUCCGUGACAGCACCUCAAUGCCGUCAAUAUGUAGGGCUUUCAUAAAUAACCCAGCAAGAAUCAAAAGGAAGAUAAUAUAUAGCAAGAAAGAGAGCUCGAAAAUGGGACCACUUUGGUAGAAUUAGGAAGCAAAAUGAUGGAGGCAGUGCACAAAAUCCUCUGCAACUCUGCAUGUGUUUGGUUUUGGUAGUGGACUAAAAAGUUAAAAAGCAUACACUGAGCUUCUUCCAUUUCUCUCUUUCCCUCUUGGCUUUUCUUUGUCUGCACUCAUUCCCUUACUCCACGGCUUAAUUCUCGGAGCCAAGUAUCAUCAGCAACACCCAUCUCUCUCCCUCAUUCAUACAGUGAUAGCUUGAGAGAUAUUGCAUUUUGUCUCACAAUUGGCGACCUUUGAAUACAUAUAGAGAGGUCUGGAGAGUUGGCUUGAAUUCAAGUUAGGACAUGGAGGGGAGGAAACUGAAUUUCAGUGCACCACUUCUGUCGGUGAGACGAAUUUCUGCAACUCCAGUGUCCACGAAUGCAGAUACUGGGAAGGUAACUCCUAGGUUGGCUAAUGGAAGACAUACUCUUCCUCUUCCCAAAUCAGAUUUUUCUUUGGAGCAGGUAACAAAACCAGUUGCAGUUCCGUUUCAUUGGGAGGACAUCCCAGGAAGAUCUAAGGAAGGUGAAGAACUGAAGAUUCAGUCUCGAGAAGAGGCUUCUGUUACUCCAAGACUUCCCCCUGGAAAGAUUGUAGAUGGUAAAAAGAAACCUUUGGAAAAAGAGCGAGCUGAUCAAAAGGCUAUCACACCCUACUUGAAAUCAUAUUCAUCGAAUGAAAAUGCCAUGGAAGCCAAGUGCUCAAAAGAGAGAGUGAAUGAGAGAAGAGCUUCAAAAUUUGAGGAUGAGGAUGAUGUUUAUUCUGAUGCACAAGAGACACUGUCCCCGCCUACAGAGUCUUUCUCCAUGAACUGUAGUGCAACUGGCACAAACCAAUCUCAUUCUGCAAAUGUGCAGCCAUCUAUUGAUCCACAAACUCGAGACUUCAUGAUGAAGCGAUUCUUACCUGCAGCCAAGGCAAUGGCUUUGGAGACGCCUCAUGUUGCUAUAAAGAAGCAGCAAUAUUCAGCACCACUUGAACAACCAAGACAAGUCACAAGGGUAAUUCGCCAGGAUUCGAGUCCCUUACCUAAUCAACAACGGUCUCACAUGGAACUAGUGCUGUAUAGCCAGUACAAAGAGGAAGAAGAAAGUGAAGGAGAAGAUGAUGAGUAUGAUCAGCCUGGUUAUAUUUCACCAAAGGGUUGUGGGUUGUUUCCUCGGUUAGGCUUAAGAAAUUCUUUGUGCCCUUUACCUGUUCCGGCAAUGAAAGCUAGGGCCCGGGCUCUCAUGUCUUGCUCCUCUAGUGUUGCAAUACCAGGAAAAACUACUCGUAGUCAAUCUCACAGUCAACCACUCAAGCAGGUUAUCAAGACUACCAAUAGACAGUCACAUAGCCAACCACUCAACGAGGUUAUUAAGCCUGCUAAGAUCCAGUCUCAUAACCAACCACUCAACAAGGUUAUUAAGCCUGCUAAUAGUCAGUCUCAUUGCCAACCACUCAAUAAGCGUGAUCAGGGUGCUGCUUAUAAUCUCAAAGCAGAACGUGGAUUUUAUUCAGGUGAAUUGCCGAGAUUGAUGAAUAAUCAGGCUGCUCAAUCCAUUCAGUUUCGGCACUCUGGUGAGCAACCAAAAGGCAGGUCAUCUCCCUUCAGGCAAUCAAGAAGUCCUUGCAUAUCCCCGUAUCGAAAUGAACGGCCUAAAUCUCCCUUCACUGGUGCGGGGUUUCUUGGCGUUCCCAAAGAAGAAAAUGUCAAAGCCAAUAGUAGUAAGUUCAAUAUGAACGACAAAGUUGGUCACAAGUCUCAGGAGGUACUAAGCCAUCAUAGAAAUAAACAAGGGCCAUAUACUGUGAUCCCUAUGAUUGAGAAGACACUAUAUGUAGAUACUGUAAAUACUACCAGAACAUCGUGUCUAAAUUCAAGCUCUUUGUAUACCAAAGAACGAGUCGACUCUGCUGUUGAGGACUUAAGGACCCUAUUAAAGAGAAGUGGGAUGGAAGAAACGUCUGCGGGAGAGUCUUUGUUUCAAGAUAUCAAAUGCCUGACUAAUUUUGAGAGCAAUGGCAUCUCGGAACCUGCAGCAUUGGAGUCUGUUGAAGAUAGUUUAUCUUCGUUCUCCGACAUAUCCCAUAUCAAAGGCCAAGUAGUUGCACUGGAGGACUCCCAGCCAGGACUUGAUAUGAGAAGUGAUGACAUUAUGAAAGAGGAUCCACGAAAUGCCAACACCAUCGUGGUACAGUCUUCUCUUCCCCCACCUUUACCAAAAUCACCUUCCCAGUCUUGGCUCUCGUCGACCCUCUCUUCAAUUCCUUCACGGAAUUCAGUCUCCUCUGGUACCAAAAGGCAUAGUAAAAGGUCUGAUUCCAAGACUUCUUCCACUGGCACCAAGUGGGAAACCAUUGUAAAGAUUUCCAAUUUGCACCAUGAUCAUGUGCGCUAUUCCGAGGAAUUAAUUACUCAUGCUUGUCAGCAAUCUAAGAGUUAAAAUUUUCCAGUUCUUCAAAGUUUCUUCCACUCUCUGGAUAAUAGGGUCUGGCCUAUUUAUUUUGGGGAGAUUCUCGUUCCUCAAUUGUUUUUGCUCAUGAUAUCUUUGAAGAGCAAUAUAAUUUGGUGUUCUCAGUUUUUGCUUACAAUUUGAUACAGCAUAUAGGUAAGAAACAGAUGGGCCAAAUUUUUGUGUAAUUGGCAUGUCUCUCAAUAGUCAAUUCUAAUUUGUUUGGCUUCCUCUGACGUUAAUGAGAAGGAAUCACUUGUGUUUUUCUUAUUGAUA